CUUUUCUUUUUUUUUUAUUUUUAAAAUCUUUUUUUCUUUUCUUUUGUAGUUUGCAUUCCUCGUUUUGAGCCCUUCUUGCCUACGAAACUCUAUUCUUAUUGUUAACAACUAUGGUCAAGAUGGAUUUAGAUCGCGAUAGUUCUGUAGAGAACACUGAUGUAGAUACUCCUAGUCAGAUUUCACAAACGGAAUCGGAUACUGAUUCAUCUGUCAAAGGAAAGGUGUACGAUAACCUCUCCAAGCCCUCGUCUUCGUAUGAAAACAGACUCAAACGUUAUCGCUAUCUUUUGGGACAAACUGAAUUGUUUGGUCAUUUUUUGAAUUUGAAGAAUGAAAAGGACGAUGCUUUACAAACAGUCUUGGCCGAACAAAAGAAAUCUAAAAUGAAAGAAAAAAGAAGACGUAAAACUGAAAAAGAAGAAGACGAAGAAAUAUUGAAAGAUGAAUCUGGUGAACAAGACAGUUCAGUCACUGUAUUUACAGAAUCACCUGCCUACGUUACUGGUGGUAAACUAAGAGAAUAUCAGAUACAAGGUUUGAAUUGGAUGAUAUCUCUUUUUGAAAAUGGUAUCAAUGGUAUCUUGGCUGAUGAAAUGGGUUUAGGAAAAACUUUACAAACCAUCUCUUUUUUGGGAUAUUUGAAACAUGUACGACAGAUUAGAGGACCUCAUUUAGUAGUAGUACCCAAAUCAACUCUUCACAAUUGGAAAAACGAAUUUGCAAAAUGGAUUCCUGAUUUUGAUGCUUUUGUUUUCCAUGGAACAAAAGAAGCAAGGGCUGAAAUGGCAAAAACUCGACUACAACCAGUGGAUUUUGAAGUAUGUAUUACUUCUUAUGAAACAUGUCUUAUGGAAAAAGCUCACUUCAAGAAAAUCACUUGGCAAUAUAUUAUCAUUGAUGAAGCUCAUCGUAUCAAGAAUGAAAAUUCAAUGUUAUCUAUGAUUGUACGAAUAUUAGAAUCAAGAAAUCGUUUACUUAUCACGGGUACUCCUCUUCAAAACAAUCUGCAUGAACUCUGGGCAUUAUUGAACUUUUUAUUACCUGAUGUAUUCAAUUCAUCGGAAGCAUUUGAUGAAUGGUUUGAAGGUCAAAAUGGUGAUCAAAAAAAGGUGGUGGAACAACUACACAAAGUAUUACGUCCUUUCUUACUACGUCGAAUCAAAUCAGAUGUGGAAAAAUCAUUACUCCCAAAGAAGGAAAUCAAUAUUUAUGUGCGUAUGAGCAGUAUGCAAAAGAAAUGGUAUCAACGUAUAUUAGAAAAGGAUCUGGAUGCUGUUAAUGGAGCUGGUACAACAAAACGUGAAGGAAAAACUAGGUUACUCAAUAUUGUGAUGCAAUUACGAAAGUGUUGUAAUCAUCCAUACUUAUUUGAUGGAGCGGAACCUGGUCCACCUUAUACGACAGAUCAACAUAUUGUGGAUAAUGCUGGGAAGAUGGCUGUAUUAGAUAAAUUAUUAACAAGAUUCAAGGCUCAAGGUUCUCGAGUACUUCUCUUUAGUCAGAUGAGUCGUGUCUUGGAUAUUUUAGAAGACUAUUGUUGGUGGAAAGAAUAUGAAUAUUGCCGGAUCGAUGGUCAAACGAAUCAAGAAGAACGAGUAGAUGCUAUUGAUGAAUACAACAAACCUGAUAGCAAAAAAUUUAUCUUUUUGUUAACAACCCGUGCUGGUGGACUUGGUAUCAAUUUGACAACUGCUGAUAUUGUGAUCCUUUAUGAUAGUGAUUGGAAUCCUCAAGUUGAUCUCCAAGCCAUGGAUCGUGCACAUCGUAUUGGACAAACGAAACAAGUCUAUGUUUUCCGAUUUGUAACGGAGAAUGCUAUUGAAGAUAAAGUACUAGAAAGAGCUGCCCAGAAAUUACGACUUGAUCAAUUGGUGAUUCAACAAGGACGUAUUGCACAAUCACAAAAAGGUGCAUCAAAGGACGAAUUACUGACAAUGAUCCAGCAUGGCGCAGAAAAAAUCUUUAAAGAAGCUGAUAGUGCCACUGACGAUGAUACAGCUACCGAUGACAUUGAUGAAAUUUUACGACUUGGUGAAGAAAAGACAGCAGAACUCAAUAAGAAAUACGAAAACUACAAUAUUGACGAUUUGAAAAACUUUUCAUCUGAAAGUGCAUAUAAAUGGAAUGGUCAAGAUUGGAGUAACAAGAGGAAAGCAGGAUCUGGCUUACCUUGGCUUGGACCAGCAAAACGGGAACGCAAGAUUAAUUAUGCUGUGGACGAUUAUUACAAAGACGCUCUUCGAACGCCUCAAAAGACUGCUGUGCCCAAAGCUCCACGCAACAAGAAAUAUAUUUUGGAGGAUUAUCAAUUCUUUCCUCAACGCAUGAUGGAUCUCAAUAUGAAAGACACUAGAUAUAUGAGGAAAACUGUUGGUUAUAGACUCCCUCAUGUUCCUGAAACUAGUGAUCCUGAACAAAAAGCACUCUUGGAUAAAGAACGUAAAUUAGAGCAAGAACGGAUCAAGAAUGCUGAACCAUUGACAGAAGAAGAAGAGGAAGAACGCAAAAUGCUUUAUUCUGAAGGCUUUACCAAUUGGGGCAAAAAGGAUUUUUCGUCUUUUAUCAAUGCAUGUGCCAAAUAUGGCAGAAAUAAGAUCGAACUGAUUGCACAAGAUAUCGAUGGCAAAACCUUAGAAGAAGUAGAACAAUAUUCAAAAGUAUUUUGGGAACGAUACGAAGAAAUCAAUGAUUAUGAAAAAUAUAUUGGCAAGAUUGAAAAGGGUGAAAGUGAAUUAGAAAAACAAACAGAAAUCCAAACUCAAUUGACAGAAAAGAUUUCACCAUUACGUAUCCCACUUCAACAACUCAAAAUUCAAUAUACUCAACCCACCAAAGGCAAAAAUUAUACGGAAGAAGAAGACAGAUUUUUAUUGGUGAUGUUGGAACAUUAUGGAUAUGGAAGCGACAAUGUAUAUGAUAAUAUUCGACAAGAUAUUCGCAACUCACCUCUCUUCCGCUUUGACUGGUUUAUGAAAUCAAGGACGUCACAGGAACUCGCAAGAAGAUGUAAUACCCUGGUUGGUUUGAUUCAAAAAGAAAAUUCAGAGGUCGAAGAAGAAAAUAAGAAGAAAACCAUUCGUGUACGUCGAUCAUUCAAAUAGUUUAGACUUAUAUAUAUAUUACAAUUGUAUCAUGAAAUAAAAUAAAAAAAUUGUUUGUUGGUUAUUUUGACAUUUGUAUUUUUC